UUAAUUGUGUGUGUAAAUUGUAAUGUAGGUGCAAAGAAGGCACGUGAAGUGGUAUUGGAUGUUCUACGGGAUGUGUGGGUGGACAGUGAUGUUUCAAUUGCAGAAGCUGUUGCAGCUGUUAAAGAUAUUUUUGCAGAAAAUGCAAAGCAAUUCUACAAGCUUGAUGUUUCUAAAACAUAUUCUGAUGUCAAACCUCAGCCAUUAUCGCCUAUUUCCUUCCAAAAGGAACACUUAAAUGGCCCAUUGACCGAUGUUACCCUUGUUCGCAUUAUUUGGUUAGAUUUCUCCGCACAACAUAGAUGUCGUGUUGUUCCACAGCAACGCUUCUAUAGUUCUGUGAAAAUGCAUGCUGGCUUAACUGUUGAAUGUAUGCGACUCAGUUCAAUAACAGAUAAUCUCUGCGAGGAAAAUUCAAUCCCCCCCUCGGGUGAGGUCAGAAUUGUUCCUGAUGUAUCAACCAAAUGCAGACUCCCCUGGGCAAGAAACCAAGAAAUGGUUUUGGUUGACAUGUUAACUGAACCUGGUAAAGCAUGGCAAUACUGUCCGAGGGAUGUGCUUCGUAGAUUUUCAAUAAUUUUAGAAGAUGAAUUUGGCUUGGUCAUGAAUGUAGGGAUUGAAGUUGAAUUUUACCUUUUGAAGAGUGUAAUAAAGGAUGGAAAAGAAACAUGGGCCGCAAUUGACAGGUCCUCUUACUGCUCUACAGCAGCAAUAGAUGUUGCAUCAUCAGUUCUUGAAGAGGUUUUCGUUUCAUUGCAGUCCUUGAAUAUUAUUGUCGAGCAGCUACAUUCAGAAGCUGGGAAAGGCCAGUUCGAAAUUGUCCUGGAAUACACAGAUUGUCGUAGAGCAGCUAAUAACUUAAUAAUUACACAUGAAAUCAUCAAAGGAAUUGCAAGGAAACAUGGGUUGCUAGCAAGUUUUAUGCCAAGGUAUUAUUACGAUAAUGUCUAUCCCUGGUAUGAUGAAUAUUCAAAAGACGAUGUUGGCUCUGGAUCACAUUUGCACAUCAGUUUGUCUAAGAAUGGAGAAAACGUUUUUAUGGCAUCUACUGAACCAAAUCGGUAUGGGAUGACCAAGAUUGCAGAAUCGUUCAUGGCUGGGGUGUUAGAUCAUCUUCGUUCCAUAUGUUUAUUUACAAUGCCUAUUGAAAACAGUUAUGAGCGCUUAAUGCCUAAGUCGUGGAAUUCAUCAUACCUUUGCUGGGGUGUGGAAUGCAAAGAGUUAACUAUAAGAGCUUGUUGCCCUCCUGGAGCUCCAGAUGGUGUAGUAACCAAUUUUGAAAUUAAAACAUUUGAUGGAUCUGCAAACCCUCACCUUGGUCUUGCCUGUAUAAUUAUUGCUGGGAUCGACGGCUUGCGCAGAAAUUUACCAAUUCCAGAUCCAGUAGAGCCAGAAGCUGAUGUCUUCGAUCACAAUGAUGACAAUGAUGAUAACAGAGUACCAGCUUCUCUUAGAUGCUCUAUAAUCCAUAUAUUCUCUGAUGAAUGGUUUAAAGAAAUGUUGGGUGAGAACUUUUUGAUCACCAGACGAGGAAUUUGCAGCGAUGAAAUCGGACACUACAUGAUGGGUAGAGACGACAAAUACGUGCACUGUGUAUUCAAUUUUUAGGUUUAUCACAUGCAUCAGAGAGAUCAGGAUGAUUCAUGUUGUUAAUUAUUAUAUUUGAACAUUCGUUGCUGUGCCCUAUCUAUCUUGUGCUCAUCUUAUGCACUUGAUCGUCAAAUUUGGUUUCUCACUUCUGUUUUACUUUGUAUCAUUCUUGUUAGAUUAAACCGAGGGGCGAGAACAAUAAGUUGUGUACCUUUUUAUAUACACCGGAUGAAUUGUUGAACUCA